UGAGGAUGGAUGUGUUAUUUCCUCCCAGAAAAAGAAACUGGCAUUCAGAGAGGUUAAGUGAUAGAGUCAAACUGAGUAGUUUGAGUUUGAAUGUAGGGCCAUCUGGAUUUACACUUCCUGACAUUUAAUUGCCUUUCCUCUGCUCCCAAGGAAUGGGAGCUAUUCUCCCUUUCCCCUCCCCCACAUGUCAGGCCACCACUCAGAGAAACUGAAGAAAUUUGGGACCAGAGCCUGGACUGAGUAGAAUGAUAAAUUGCAUUAUUAUUUCUGUUUUCUCCUCAGGAAUGGUCAGCAAGACUCAGAAAACAGACCUGGGUCUGAGGCUCCCAGAGAAGAAGAAGAAGAAGAAGAAAAAGAAGGUGGUUACAGAGGUCCCAGAACCAGAGACUCAAUACUCAGUUUUAAAUAGUAAUGAUUAUUUUGUAGAUGUUUCUCCUCCGAGGGUCACAUCUCCCUUUAACAAUGUGGGUGAAGGGCAGGUCUUCGAGGUGCCACUGGGCAAGAAAAAGAAGAAGAAAAGGUCCCCUGGCACUCACUUGGAUGGGCACCUGGAGCCUGAGCCCACACGGGCAAGGCAGAGAAAGACAUCCAGUCCUAGAAGGCAGGUCCUUGAGCAGUCAGCAGAAUGCCUCAUCAGAGAGCAGAAAAAGAAAAGGCGGAAGUCCUUACUACAGACCACCUCCCGAGCCUCUGGGCUGAAGACCUCCCCAGACCCCAAGCAUCCCGAGGAGGUAAGCAAAGCUGGUAAGAAGUCAAAAAAACACAGGAAAGAUAAAGCAGUUCCCCACAUCACGGCCUUUGCCCCCCAGGACUCUUGGUUCCAUGGGGCUGGGGAUGCUCUGCACCCACACUCAGAGUGGGCAGAGGCUAAGGAUCAGAUGGCCUUGGGACAGAAAAGGAAGCAGGGGAGCCCCAGAGAUCACAGCAUGAAAAAGAAGAAGAAGAAGACACACCAGGAGGGAGACAUCCUCCUGGUCAACUCCAAGCUCUCCAUGGAGAACAGCCUGAGGAAAGGAAGUAAGAAGUCAGUCAAAAGUGAAGCUUUGGAGUUCAUCCCGAUAGACUGCCCAAAGGCCCCUGGGAAGAAGAAAGUAAAAUCCAAGAAAAAGGUGGAGCAGCCAGUUGGUGAAGGGCUGGCUGUGAAAAGGAAGAAAAAGAAGAAGAGGAAAGAGAGCGGAGUAAAGGAAAACCCUUGGCAGGAGAAAGAGGAGUCAGACACAGACUUGGAGGUGGUACUGGAAAAGAAAGGCAACAUGGAUGAGGCCUGCAUAGAUCAGGUGAGACGGAAGGCCUUGCAAGAAGAGAUUGAUCGUGAGUCAGGCAAGACAGAUGCUUUAGAACCCAAGAAGUGGACGGGAACUCAGUUUGGCCAGUGGGACACUGCCAGCUUUGGAAAUGAAGACCAGAAACUGAAAUUCCUAAAGCUUAUGGGUGGCUUUAAGCAUCUGUCCCCGUCAUUCAGCCAUCCUCCCAGCAUGACUAGCAGGUCCAACAUGGCCCUGGACAAGAAGUCUUCGGACAUGCUCCAGCAGAGUCUACAGCAGGACUAUGACCGGGCCGUGAGCUGGAAGUACAGCCGCCGUGGGGCUGGCUUAGGCUUCCCCUCUGAGGCCCGCAAGGUCUUCUACAUUGACCGCAACGCCUCCAAGUCUAUCAAGUUGCAAGAUUAAAUUUUAUUGUCCUGAUGCUCAAACUGCAUUUCUUGAUCAGUUUUGCAUCUGUCCAGUUGGCUUGAACCAGUCACCUGCAGCUAUUGAGGACCAUUCAUGAUGAGUUUUGGACAAGCUGGUGGAGGCUGCUGUGUGUCAGGAGCCAGUGUGAAUGGCUAGAGCCUUAAUAUUUUCUGUGUUAAACCUCCCACCUCCUUGGGUGGCAGUGUUUUAAUAGUAGCUAGCAGUUGUUGAUGUGCACACAUAGGGCCCUAACUAAAGUGUUUGCCUUGCAUUGAUGUACUUAAACCUGAUUAUGGAAUGGGUGCUAUUCUCAUGUCCAUCUUACAGAUGCAGCAACUUAAAAGUUCAGGGAUAAAGUGGUAAAACUGCCCAGGGUCACCCUCCACUAAGUGCCAUCAAGAGCACUUCACCCAGAGUCACUCAAUGAUCAGUGAAAGGAGAAAGCAAGUGUUCGCCAUGAUCUGCGCUGGGACCAGCAAGUUUGUCUUCCUUUCCCCUUUCCAGGAGGCAGCCGAGGCCGAGCUCCUCUUUGGCAGAUACACCUCUGAGCUAGCUUCUUUCCAGCUGCCAUUCUUCCAUAUGACUGCUGUGCUUGGAUUUCAUGGUUCUGCAUUGAUUGGCUCUCAAACAAGGCAUUUUGGGGUAAUCCUGCAUAGAGACACAUGGCAGGUUCUCAGCAGCAUGUUCCAUAUUUAUGUUCACAAGAGAGAAGACGCUGGUGUGAUGAAAUCCAAUGGAAGGAAGGAUUGAGAGGAAGGUGCUUCGUCUGCUGCAGGCAUCAUCCCUGCCCUGAAUUCCAGCAAGCUUCAGGGAGCUCCAGACACAGAGACCAUGGGACAGAACCUUCUCUUCCACCAGCUUUUGGCAGUCUGGCAUCAAGGUUCAGAUAAGGACAAUUUCUGAUCUCUUGGCCUAGCACCUCACAUAGACAUCCCAUUGCAGGCCUGAUCUCACAGGCAGAAAUACUGGCCAAGGGGUUGGGGCAUGGAGGGAUUGAUGCUGCACUCAUCCAGGACAUUGAUUCCCAUCUUCAGGGUUGGUGUCGGCAAGCUGGUAGGAAGAUGGCAGAGGCAAUUCCAGGCUGCAAAUGUCCUAUAGCAU